AUGCGUAAUUACCCAGAGGGCUCUAUUAGAAUUGAGGAGCUGCUAAGAACGCCCAUUGAAGAGAAUUUUUCACCAGCACGCUUGGAAAAUGGCAAUGAUCAAACAUUGGCUAUAUUGUCCUCUUCCGGAUCUACAGGAUUACCUAAAGCUGUUACUGCACGCAAUACGCACGGAUAUUUCAAUGAGUGCUUCGCUGUAACAUCGGAUGACAUAAUGUUUACAAACAGCACAUUUGAUUGGAUGAGCGGACUUAUGCGAUCUAUUAUUGGUGGAGCUUUCGGCGCAAUGUCAGUUAUAGCAGACGCUGAUUUUGAUCGCGCCCAUGUGCUGAGUUUUCUUGAAAAGUACAAAGUUACUUGGUGUCUGUUUGCUAGUGGACAGUUGGCUCAACUGGUGAACUGUGAGGAAUUCGAGAAGACAGAUCUGAGUAGCUUGCGUAGAAUACUUUAUGGAGGUGGGCCCUGCUCCGUAGAGAAUCAGAAACAGUUCCGAAGCAAAGUGCAGAAAGGAGCUAUGAACUUUCUUUACAGCAUGUCAGAGAUUACUGGAUAUGGAUGCAUUAACUUUUAUUUUGAUGAGAAGACAAAUGCAGUGGGUCGAGUCACUCCUGGUUUUCAGUUAAAAAUAAUCAAUGAGCAUGGAAAGGCUCUAGGAGCAAAUGAAGUGGGUGAGGUAUGUCAUAGGAGUAAACAAUACUGGGCUGGCUAUUAUGGUGAUCCAGCAGAGACUAGCAAGAUGCAGGACAAGGAUUUAUGGUUUCACUCUGGUGACUUGGGCUAUGUAGAUGACGAUGGAUUUCUGUAUCUUGUAGAUCGCAAGAAGGAAAUGUUGAAGUAUAUCAACUUUAAGUAUUAUCCACGAGAAAUUGAGGAUAUUAUAGCCAAAAUGCCAGGCGUUGCAGAUGUCUGUGCCUUUGGCAUUUUCAGUGAUGAGUACGGCGAUGAAGCUGCCGCAGUCGUUGUCAAAAUGUCUGGUGCACAAAUAACUGCUCAGGAUGUUGUCGGUUAUGUGCAGCAGCAUGAGAGGGCCAAGCAUUUGCACUUACAUGCUGGAGCUAUCAUUGUGGACGAUCUGAAACGUCUGCCUAAUGUGUGCCUGGUGGCUUUUAACUAUGCAAAUGGCAGUUCGAACGCCUCCAGUUGCCAUGGCAAUGAGUUGGAGCUGCUAACAGUACCAGGCAUUGAGCCCUUCUUUGCGCCCUGCGAGUCUCGUUUGGAAGGUGAUGGCUGGACGAUCAUACAGCGACGUUUGGAUGGCAGAGUGAGCUUCGAUCGCAGCUGGCAGGAAUAUCGCGAUGGCUUUGUGAGCAACAAGGCUUUGAAUUAA